AUGGCGGGUAGGUAUUGGUGUCAUAUGUGUUCACAAAUAGUGAAUCCUAUCAUUGACGCCGAGAUCAAAUGCCCCCUUUGCCAAAACGGGUUCGUGGAGGAAAUGAGCGGUGAGCGUAAUGAUGGCAGCAGCAGCAUAAGGGAGGUUCAAGACUCAGAGAUCGAUUUCAGUACAGACCGUGCAUUAACUCUAUGGGGUCCAAUCUUGCUUGGGAUGAUGAGCAAUCCUCGUAGACGUAGAAGGUUUAGGAGGACAGAGCUUGGCUUAGAUAAUGAUGAUGUCAACAUUCCUGCUGGUGCUGAUGUUUUUGGAAAUGACAGCAAUGUCGAUAACCAUCAUCAUCAUCAUAACCGUCGUCGCCAUCGCCACAUGCAACAUGAUGGAGAGGCUGAUCUAGACAGGGAGUUUGAUUCCAUCAUCAGGAGGAGACGGAGAAGCUCAGCUGCGAUAUUGCAGUUGCUUCAAGGCAUCCGUGAAGGGAUUAACACCGAGGAUGAGAGCUCGGACAGGAGCCAGUUUAAUCGAUCAGCUUUUAAUCUAAUCCGCAACAAUACUUCUCCUUCUGGAACUGGAGAUAACUUUGUUGGAACCGGUUUAGCUCACUUGCUUGAACAUCUAGCUGAUAACGAUCCAAUCAGACACGGAUCUCUUCCAGCGCGUAAGGAAGCAGUGGAGAGUCUUCCCACGGUUAAGAUCUGUGAGACAUUGCAAUGCUCGGUUUGUUUGGAUGAUUUCGAGAAAGGAAGUGAAGCUAAAGAGAUGCCGUGUAAACAUAAGUUCCACGUCGGGUGUUUACUACCGUGGCUUGACCUUCACAGCUCGUGUCCUGUCUGCAGAUAUGAACUACCUCCUGAUGAUGAGGUGAAGACUGAUUUGUUAAGACCGAGGACAAGAAGUGUAGGGAUCAACAGAAGUAAUGAGAAUGUGGUGGAAGAGGAUGCAAGGAACACUAGUGGGAGUGAGAGAAGGUUCUCGUUACCGUGGCCGUUCAGUGGAUUGUUCUCUUCCUCGGCUUCUUCAUCCGGUUCAGCAGCAUCAGGGUCUUCUCAGCUCAGUGAGAACUCAAACUCAGGAUAAAAGGAAGAAGAAAAAUUAGAAACAAAACAAUAUCUGCCUCUAUUUCUCUUGAAUCACAAUUCCUCAGUACAUAAAAAUCUUGUGAUCACUCAGUUUGUUGAAGAAAUAAUCUUUUCAUUCUUUUGUGUUUAUAUCAUCUUGCUAGGAAAAAAGAAAGUUAUCACUGUCAAGUCUUUGAAAGCUAUUUGCGAUCUUUGCAAACGAAAUCUGAAACUCGAUUAUAUAGAGUAUUGGUAA